AUGUCGAUGGUUCCAGCCAUCGAUUGCCUCGCUCCACAGGCGGAAUCUUCUCGAGUGUCAGCUCGCUCGUCAACCUUUUCUGGGAGGAGGAAGAGGUUGGUAUUGAUGGGUCCGGCCGACAGCAUGUCUAAGGAGGAAAGGCUUGAUUCAAGCAGGUAUUCCGUGGUGGAUGCCGAGAUUAUUCGCGGCAUCCCUCUGCGUCGAUCUCUUAGAGGAUACGGCCGGAUCUGGCGCUACCAACCUGCCACGUGGAAACCGGAGGAACGUGCUGAACUUUACGAUCUCUCGCAGAGGGUGCUUUACUUCAAUGUCUUCCUGUCGCACACCUGGCAUACGCCUGGUUGGCAGAAGAUUCUGGCUCUCUCCUUCCAAUGUGGCUGGCGGAGUACGCUUGCAAUUUGGUGUGUGGUGGAGACUGCCUGCAUGGCCUUGUGCAUGGUGGAUAUGCUGCCGAUGCCCCUCGUGUUCCGGGACACUGUAACCGGCUUGAUGGUCGAGGCCCCCAUGGGCCUCUGGGUGUUCUUCUCCGGUGCCCUCGCGCUCCUCCUCGGCCUCUUCUUCACGCCCUACCUGCCCUCUCUCUGCAGCUCCUCGGACAUGGGAUUCAUCGAUGUGGCCAGCAUCCACCAGCAGGACCGUGCACUCAUGGAGCGGGGUGUGUAUGGCAUUGCCGGAUUUUUGCGUGUUUCCUCGGAGCUCCGCAUUCUCUGGAGCGCGCCCUACCUGUCUCGUCUGUGGUGCAUAUUUGAGGUUGCAGCAUACCGAAAG